AAUGAACCUCCUGUAGAAACUCCAUUUCCCAUGAGCCUCUGUAGGGAGAUCCUGCACUCCUAUUGGCCAGCUGCUGCCCCCGCAGCCCCAGAGAAUGAAUGAAAUUGAAAUUGCUGCUUACAUUAGGACCUUCAUGUACAAUACCGGGGAUCUGCAGCUCUCACACAUUCUAGCAUUCCGUGUCAAAAAUGGCCACAGCGGUCCAGAACCCUCCGAAAUCGCAGUCGAGUGGAACAGUCAUAAAGAACAGCCUGGGUGAGGAGUUUUAUCGUGAGGCGAUCGAGCAUUGCAGAAGCUACAACGCUCGUCUGUGUGCUGAGCGAUCCAUGCGUCUGCCCUUCCUUGACUCACAGACUGGCGUGGCACAGAGCAACUGCUACAUAUGGAUGGAGAAGAACCACCGAGGCCCGGGUGUAUCUCCGGGGCAGCUGUAUACGUAUCCAGCACGCUGCUGGCGGAAGAAAAAACGGUUAAACAUCCUGGACGAUCCACGUCUGGGACCCAUCGAAUUUAAGAUAGACUACGAGUCUGCCCUGAAGAAGGAGGGAGGUGUCCCUGAGGGUCCUGUCCUUGAGUCUUUGCUCAGUGGAGAGCCUUUAGAUAAGAAAGUGGAGACGAAGGAGGAGGAGGCCAUGAGCGAGUGUCAGUUGUUGGUGGGAGACUUUCCACAUGACCUGGACGUGGAAGAAAUGGAGGAGGACAUGCCUAAGCGCAAGAACCGCACCAAAGCACGAGCUUGUGGUGUAGGAGGAAUGAGGAAGAGACAGGAUCCGGCCUCCAUAGAGGACAGAGACAAGCCAUACGUCUGUGACAUCUGCGGUAAACGCUACAAGAACCGCCCGGGUUUGAGUUACCACUACACUCACACACACCUGGCAGAUGAAGAGGGUGAAGAAGACUCGGAGCGUCACACGCUGCCAUUUCAACGCAAGAACAACCACAAGCACGCUGACAAACAAACAGCACCGAAAACUCAAAAUGGCUCCCACACGCUGGCACACACCAAAAAAGCAGCAGAUGGCUCGGUCAUCCCCAAUGGCUACUGUGACUUCUGCCUCGGAGGCUCGAAGAAGACAGGCUGCCCAGAGGAUCUUAUCUCCUGCGCAGACUGCGGACGAUCGGGACACCCGUCCUGUCUGCAGUUCACAGUCAACAUGACGGCAGCUGUGAGGACGUACCGCUGGCAGUGCAUCGAGUGCAAGUCCUGCAGCCUGUGUGGCACCUCCGAGAAUGACGAUCAGCUUUUAUUCUGUGAUGAUUGUGAUCGAGGAUAUCAUAUGUACUGUCUAAGUCCACCGAUGGCAGAACCUCCAGAGGGGAGCUGGAGUUGUCACCUGUGUCUGCGGCAGCUGAAGGAAAAAGCCUCUGCUUACAUCAUGCUGAAUUAAUCUUCAUCGUUAGGACGGGUUGCAGCCACCCGGCUUCUGCCUCCACAGCCUCCUCAUGACAAACCGACACGGCAGAUUGAAAGAGACGCUGAAUUUGCAUUGAAAGAAAAAUACCACACGCUGCACCAGUCCUGCAGGGAAUUUGCAACCAUCCACUUCAUGGAGAGAACAGGUUCCUCCCUCAUUUCUGGUGCACAGCAGACGUGCCUGCUCUUUAUUCAGCCCAAAACACACUCUCCCAAGUCUCCCUAAUCAUUGCCUCCAGCUAUAAGUCUAGGGAGGGAUUUCUAUUGAUGCACACGUUUAUUUUGCGCUACUUAGUUGAGAGGCUCAGAGCGGCUCCUCACUGAAGGGUCCGUUUUAACGUGUGGCUCAAGAGGGCACUCGAAUGGCAAGAGACUCUGAGUGUUCUCGAUGGAAAAACAUAUUGACUGCUGAUGAGGAAAACGCCACGAGAUCUCCCGGUUUCCAUAGCUGCUUUUGGAUCACGAAGCACCACUAAUACACUUUUUCAGCUGUGGUGCCGCCCACUCUCUGCAGCCCACUGUGAGAGGUAGACACCAGCAGGCUACAGGACCGUACUUCAACACCAGAAAGAGAAGAGCUCAUUACAGCUCCAGACAGAGAAAUGAAUCAAUGUAUUAUUCAGCUCCUUUUGAGGUGGAGCUCAACACAUCACCCUCAGAUCUGAUGUUGAUAAGAAGAAAUUUGAUGGCCUGCAGUCUUAAGAGACAUGGAUUUGGAUUUACCUGAAAAACAUGAGUCUGUUUUUAACACAUAAACUUUGAUGUUGUCCAUGAACGGAUUCCCUUUAAGCUUAAGGAGGUCUGAGGCGCAUGUCGUUCAGCUUGGGUGGUAGUUUAUGUCAAAAAGAUCCAACUCUCUGCUGUCAUUCAUCCUAAACCCUGAUAACACACACACACACACGUACACACACGUACACAAACAUACACAUGUGUACUGUACACUGACAUACAUACAUAUACACAUACACACACACGCACACACACACCAGCUUUUAUUUCCUACUGAAAAAGCCAGUAUACGAUAUUCUCUCUGUGUGUUUGUCAGGGUGUAUAGUACUGAAUUAUGUCCAGCCUUGUUUUAAAAACAGGGCUUUAAUGUUUUUUUUUUUAUAUUAAUACUUUGGAUGCAUGUUGUGAUAAUGUUUUAAAAAUUAACCUUUUAAGAGCAGGCGGAAAAAAAAGCACACUUAAUUUGCAAUAAUGUGUUUGUGACCCCCUCGGGGGACGUUGCGUCCGUGUGUAUGUACGUGUGACACUUUUUGUGGAACCGUGAAACUAGGCACCGUAUUGGAAAGGCGCAGGGUUUUGGAGCUGGAGCUUCCCGUGACGGCACCGUAUUUCAUUUCACUUCUUUUUUACUAUUUUCUCUACAAAAUGAAAGCCAGUGCUGAGACAAACUGUAGCGCCUUGAUUUUGUACAAUGAGCUCUUUCCUAUCUGUAAGUCUGCUUUGUGUUCUGGGACUUUGUAAUUGCAGUGUGCUUUAAAAAAAAAGGUAAAUAACUCCAGUAGAGUGUUACUGGGAUGCCAGCAUGUGUAUGUGACUUUGUGCUGAGGCGAUUUUGAACCCAAAGUCCCGUCCAUCUGUGGCCUACCUGAAAGAACUGUCUGCUUUUUUGUUUCAGCCCACAAGCUUUAAGUUGGGAGACACUCGCUGUAAAUAAACUUUUGCUCUCUUAUUUUUGAAUGGAACGUACUUGCCAUAUGACUCCUGGAAAAUGUUAUGACUUCAUUAAAAAUGUGAAAACUAAGCUUCCUGGAAUAUAAAAUCUGUUGGGUCAUUUCUAUUUUUGUAUUUAAUCCAGAACUGUGGUUGGAGCCAUUAGAUGGUCAUUGCUUACUGUAAAGACGCUAUAAAACGAGUAGAAGUGUUUCAUGUUUAUCCAGAAGUCUGAGCUCUUCUCCAUCAGUACGAUUACUUUCCCCGACCCUUUGUAGUACUGCGAUCUUGAGUACUUUUGUGUACUUAUUUAAGUAUUUUGCACUGAGUGUGACUCUUUUUGACUUGAUGACGAAAGCAAUGAAACACAGCCAAACCUUUGCAUGUUGUGAUGCCUUAGUUUACAGCAGAGUUACAAACAGAAUGUAGUUUUUUUCCCCCUUUCACAGAUUCCACACUUCACUCUCAGGCCACAUCCACAUGUGUACAGAUGUUUUUGAAAACCGGGUUCUUUUCCUGAGUUCACACAAAAUAGAAGCGUUUGCAACACUGCAUUUAUAAAAAAAAAAAAUGUACCAAAAAAAUGUGUUGAAUUGAAAGUGCUGAGACGGCAGCAGCAUCCUGUGUACAGACGCUGUGCUGUCGCUCGUAUAACGAGGCACUAGAACUCGUCUCGGGGUCUGUAAGAUCGUUUUCUCAUCACACGAGUCUGUAGGAUUGAAACAUAUUCAUAUACUCCAUGUUGGUCAUGAUUUCCAGCCAUUUUGCAUCUCUAGUUCAUUUGAUGACAGAACAUUUGAUGACAUGCUAUUGCCAUACAAUGUUUUUACUGCUUUCAAAAAGUUCCUCGUACGUGUGAACGUGGCCUCGGUAUUUGAGCAGAGACGAUGUGAAUGAUUUUCUCUGCUUAAAGUAUAAAUCUCUCUGUGGCUGCUGCCUUCCAGAAGGAUCUGUGAUUAUUAUAAAUGAAGCUUGUUAGUUUGUCGGCCUUUACCGUGGGGUCGGUCAUGUGAUCUGAUUGUAAUCAUAUCUUGAAUGAAGUAACGUGUUUGAGUGAGUAAAUGUACAGUAGAAGGUGUUUAUCAGCUGCAUUUUGAGCCGUGCCGCGUCCGAGGAGUCGCUUCAAAAGUUCCACAAAAACUUCAGUAAUUAUUCAAAAGUGUAUGUCAUGGGCUAAAACAUCUGAAAUAAAUAUUUUUAAAUUGGUAACUCAUAAAAUUUAGUCCGUAUAGUUUCUCUCUCUCUCUCUCUCUCUCUCUGUCUCUCUCACACUCACUCACUCACACACACACACACACACACACACACACACACACACACACACACACACACACACACACACACACACACACACACACACAUACACAGACUUUUAGCCUUUCUGUUUAUCCUGUUCCUUGUUGUGCUGUGAUCUUUGCUUGCAUCCUUUUUUCCCUAAGAGAUGUUUCUUUCAGGAGAGUGUGAACAGAUUCAUUUCAUGUCAAUGUUCAGAAAAAAAAAAGUGAAAGUAAUAAACACCACGGAGAAAAGGGAUGAGCUUGAGCUCAGGCUAUUGUCAUUUUUCACUGAAACAUUCACAUCUAAUUAACUGAUUCACUGAUUUUAACUGAAGUAGAUGGCAGGUAGUGUGUUGCUGGAGUCAGCUGAUCGCCUCACAGACUCAGUAAGGUUU